AUUCAUACAGAUACGUUGAGCAAUCCCUAGCAUAGUCCUUGUCCAGAGGAAAUCCUGCAACCCAAGACCAUGGUCAAAGCGGAGCAACGUGCCACUCGCAAUGGGGCAGCGGUGCAUGGCAGCAAACGCAUGCACGCUAGAGAUAGCACACAAAGUCGCCGAGCAAGGGAUGCUGGGUCAGGUCAGCGGCUGUCACGCAUGUGUGGACCCAGCAUGCCAUCCAUGCCUGCGAACUUGCGGACAGGCCCACCGUAAAGUUUGGCUUGUCGGUUCAGCGACUUAUAUCACAUGGUAGUAAUGAUUUGGACUGUGGGAAAUGCGUCAAACCGCUGUUUGGGCAAGGUGGGCGCUACUUGCUUGCUUUCCCAAACUUACUCCAGUCUUUACAUGGCAUUGAUCAGUAGAUAGAAUGCGUGCAGAGGAACAAGACCAUAAUAAAUUCUGCGAAAGCAGCUACUUCUCAACAUCGCGAUUUGGUGCACACAGCAACAAUUCUUUAGGAGGCCUAUUUGACGCAGUGAGCAUACAGUAGUAGACCUUCAGCAUAUACUAUAUAGAUAGAAAUACCUGUAGGACCAAACGAGGCUGCGGAGACAGAACAGUCCCACACAGUCCCGAAAUUGCAGCUACAGGCAAACGCACAGACGAGGUCCCAGCCCCACAAGCUGGCUUCAUUGUAGUAUUUGAUACCGAGUGGAGAUAGCGAGGCGAGCAUAGGCGCUCGAGCCCGGCUUCGGCAGAAUGGCAAAGAAGAAGCUUGGCAAUCCCGGUUCGCCGCCCAAGCCUCGUCGGCCCACUGGGUACUGGAGAGUCUUCAAUGCAUGGUGGCGUGAUCGCCUUGAGAGCACCGGCCGGCGCCCCACGGUGGAGGAGAUGACGACCUGGUACCGGUCCAACGCACUGCUGGUGUGGGGCCCCAAGGACCUGCCCCCGAUUGAGGACAUGAAGCAGUUGAGCAAGGGCAUGCGCUCGACGAAGAACGUGCGCGCCUACUUUCAAGAGUACCGCGCCGCCAAGAAAAUGAGGGCCCAGGGUGGCGGGUCGCCGAUUCGCCGCGUGUCCGUUGGCCGCGUGAACAAGCCGACCCGCGCCGCCAAGCCCCGCCGCGGCCGCGGCCGCCGCACCAGCUCGAGCAGCAGCGAGGACGAGGGCCCUGACUACGCCGCCGAGUCCGAGGUGACGGACAUGGAGGACGAGGUCAUAGCGCAACUGGUUGAAGACGUGGAGGAGGUGACUGCCGGCCAGCAGCAGCCCCAGCAGCCCGGCUUCGGUGCCACAGCCGCGCGGCAGGCCUAUAACGUGGCCUGCGCUGCCUCGCUCAUGGCUGCUGCUACCGCGGCGGCCGCCGCUGCGCACGCCAUGCACGCGCCCACUGCCGGCUUCGAGAGCCAGGCUGGCACCAGCGGCGGCGCACAGGAGUCGGAUCAGGAGGCGCUGUGCUACACGCCGCAGCCAGACGUGGAGGACUUCGGUGCGAGCCUGGGUAUGCAGCGCUCAUGGCUGCACAGCGUGCAGGAGGCCGCCGCCACCACGGCACUGGACCCCGCCGGCUCGGGCUUCACACAGCCGCCGGCCGCGCACACAGGCGGCAGCCACGCGCCCAGCCCGGCGGGCGCCGCCAUCUCGCCGCCCACGCCGGCCUACACCGGCGCCGCCGCGCCCGCGUCGCACCAGUCGCCCACGGGCUACGGGCCCCGCGGCAUGGAGGGCGCUGGCUGCUCCUUCUCCUCGGCAUCGCUGCUGCCGCCGCCGCCGCAGCAGCAGCCCGCGGCCACCACCUCCACCAUGCCCUCCGCACCCGCGUGCGAGGGCGCCGCCGCGCUGCACCUGCCUCGCCACCAGCUCGGCGGUCGCUUCGACAGCACUGCCGGCAGCGCGUCCCUGCCCUCGUACGGCAGCGUGCCCCUGCCGCCCCUGCCGCCUCACGUGACGCGGCACGUGCACCUGCAGCCGCCACACGGCCCGGCGGUCUCGGAGCUGCCCGGCGGCGGCUCUCGCUCGCAUUCGGUGCCGUGCGCAGCCUUCCCGCCGGCCGCCGCCCCCCAGCGCUUCACGGCGCCCUCGGGUUUGUUCAAGGAGGAUUUCGCGGUGGCCGCGCCGGCCGAGUCAUGGCAGUACCACCACGCUCAGCACGCGCACCCGCACUACGCGCCGGCGCCGCCGCCUCAGCCGCCGCACGGUUCAGCCGCCGCGCCGGCGCCCUACCGCUGCGGCCCCUCCGGCUACCCGGCGCACCCCAACUACCCGCACACCAACCACCCCGGGUACAGCGGCUACGGCGGCUACGGCGGCUAUGGUGGCUACGGCAGCUACGGCGGCUACGGCUACCCGCCUUACGGCAUGCCGCCGCCGCCGCCGUACGGCUACGCGCCCGCGCCGUACGGGCGCUACAGCAGCAGCGCCUCCGCACCGCCGCCGCCACCCUACGCGCCGCCGCCCUACCCCUACCCCUACGGGCACGGCAUGCCGCCCGGCUACCCGCAGUACGGGCACCUGCAGCAGCCCGCCGCUGCCGCCACCGCGCAGCCGCACCCGCACCUGCACCCUCACGCCAGCGGCCCCGCGGCCUCGCACGAGGAGGCUGGCAACAGCCUGACGAGCUUUCACGAUGACGUCGACCUCGACGCCGUGCUCGAGGCGGAGAUGGGCGACUACGACCAGCAGGUGCAGCAGCAGCAGCAGCAGCAGGCGACGCGGCCCAGCGAGGGCGGCCAGACGGACGCCUUUGCCGACCUGUGGGUGCGCUGGGAGGAGGACACGGGCGCCGACGCCGCGCCGGCGGUGUGCAAGGACGCCACUGCCUCGGGGCCGGGCAUGCAGCCGCGCACGCGUGCGCAGGUGCACGUGUUCCACGACUAAGCGCGCGCGUGUGGGCAUGUGCGGCUGUGAUUGCGGCAACUACGGGCAGGAGUGGCAGCAACGCUGCGGGCGGCGGCGUGGAGCUCAGCUUAAAACAUUUAUUGCACACUCUGUGCGGCUGCUGGCCGGGAUGCCUAGCAGCCGUGCGGGUGCAGUGCCGAUGGGCACGCUAUUGCAGGAGGUGCAUUGACGAGCCGCGUGCGGCUGUGAUGCCGUGCAACACGUUUGACUUUUGCGGCGCGCACAAUGGUGACCAACAAUUGAUUGCGACGGUACUCUUAAGGCGACCCUUCACGGGUUCCCGCCUGAAUCGCGGAAGUGGCACAGGUUCUGGGUUUAUGAUGGGGCUGAUCGGUGGCGCUGCCAGGUGGCAGAGCGGUUAUUCAUUUUUUUACAGAGAGGCAUGUUGAAUGAGUGUGUUUGCCGUCCUUUCUAUGAUUAGGGUAGGGCCAACUGACGCAGCAGCCCCAUUCCUUGACCUAGCGGGCAAAGUAGCGCUGUGCGUUUUGGGCCAGCAAUGCCUUAGGGUGCGAUACGUGCACCAGAUGAUUCCUUGACCUCACGCGUCAUUGCCAUUGGCGUCUAGCAAGGGCUUGACCCCUAGCGAACAAAACUCAUGCAGCUUAUUGUGCUGCUCCCUUCUAGCACGUUAGCACCUGCCUUAGUACGGCACAAUUGAUUCGGCUGGUGGUGUGUACCAUUGUUUGCUAGCGCCUGUGUUUUGGGCCUUAUUGCAAGCGGCGUGCGCUGCGCACGUGAACUUGUAGUUGGUGCCGUGGUUGACGAUUGCUCACCACAUCGUGGCGCCUGUGACGUCUCCUUCUUGGUGUGUUCGGGACCAUGCUUGAACCUUUCAAAGUGAGGUUGCUGAAUUGCAUACCUCGCCAAGCCCCACGGGGCCCUCGGGUACUUCCCGGUGCUUGUCCUAUGCUGUGAGUGUGCCACAUACAGCACUCCCCGUUGCCCCGUGCCCUAUGUCCUCCCCAUGUGGAGGCCGGGCGCCACACACCUCACUGUCACAAACUGUAAGCAUGUGAGAGG